AAAGUCUGCGUACGGGAACUUGAUACAUAUUUUAAAGUGCAACCCCAGAUUCGCUUCGAUUUUUAUGGAGCUCUAGUGUUUUAAAAGACAUCUGUGUAUCAAGUUUUUCUUUAACGUUCCAUCCGGUCAGUUGUGAAUAAAAAAUCACUUUCACAAUAUUUUGGAAAACAUCUGUGGAAGUGUUUUGCAUUCAUACAAAUGAUACAUGUAAUGUGUAUAUAAACAAAACAAAAAUGGAUAAGUGUAUUAUUGGAUUAUUUACAAAUUCUGAGUGUCAUAAGAACACAUUUUCUAAUAGACAGUGUUUUCACAGCUUUAAAGACUUGAGUGAAAAUGAGAUCUUACUUUUGAAGUAUCGAUUACUAAAUAAUCAAUUUGGUGAUCAGACAUCAGAUGACCAAAUUUGUGAUUUCCAUAAACUCCGAUAUUUAGAUUAUUACUCUCAUCAUAAGCGAAAAUGUUGUGACCCUCUAAACAAACAUAAAAAAAUGAUGACUUCAAACCUUCGAAUGAUAAGUUUAGAAACUGCUCAGUACAUCAACAAUGUUUUAUCUAAGGUAUUUCCUAUAAGUUUAAUUCCAGGAGAAAAAAUAUGUAGACCGUGUGAUCAAACACUUCUCAAAAUGUAUCAGGAACAUGUGGGGAGUGUAGAAUCAACAGAAUCAGAAAACAAUACAGGCAGUAUCGAAGAAAUUGUCCAAUCGCAAGGGACUACAACAAUCACUUCAAGUGGAUCAAUAUCAACCUGAAAGUCAAGGAAUAGAAGAUAUCAAUAACAUAUUGAUCGGACUUGAUAUAGAUCCUCUGGAAAAGAACAAAAUGUCUGCCAAACGCUUUGAGAAAAGAACGAAAGAAUUAUUGCACGAGGUGUCACAAAAAAUAGCCGAAAAAAUAAAUAGAGUUUACGGCUUGAAUAUUAAAAUAUUCAAUAAUACUGUAACAGAAAACUUGGUCGAAGAUAGUAAAUCCCUAAGAGAUAUUAUUCAUUCGCUACAAGAUAAAUUUAACAAUGCAGACACAAUUGGAGAAAAAGUUCAACUUCUUUCUAUUUUACCACAAGCUUGGGAAUUUAAAGAUGUUAAGAAGUAUUUCAACUGCACAAAUUAUAUAUUCCGGGAAUAUAGAAAAUCUAAACAAACACAUGGUGACUCAACAGUUCGAAAAAGGAAAAAAUAUUGGAAGGUUUCAAACGCUAUGCGAGAAACGAUUACAAAUUAUUAUUUGGAUGAAAGGAAUUGCUAUAUUUGCCCUGGCAUCAAACAGUAUAAGAGAAAACGCUGUCAUAAUUCCGGACAAGAGGAGCUUGUUCAAAAAAAAAUGUUAUUAUACACGCUUCGAGAUUUAUACCAAAAUUUCAUUAAUGAUUACUCAGGUGACGAACGUUUGCCAAAGUUUUCAUUUUUCGCUUCCCUGAAAUCAGAAGAAUGCAUUUUCGCUGGUGACCCUGGUACCCAUGAAAUAUGUGUGUGUGCCGAACAUGAAAACAUCGCACUGAAAUUAUGUGCUUUCACAAAUGAAAUCAAAUCCAGAGAUUUAAUUGCCGCCUCUGUUUGUGAUGAUGAAAGCUCAAAUUGUAUGUUACAUAAGUGUAAACAUUGUCCUGGAAUAGAAGGAAUGAAAAAUUUGAUGGCCAGAAUGAGCAUUACUGUGGGAAGUGAUACAAUCGAGUAUAAGCAUUGGGAUACCGUAGGGAGUAGAGCUUCCUUAGGACAGCGUAGCGAAACUAAAUCCAAUUUUCUCAGCAAUUUAUUCUCCGAUAUCUGGAAAUUAACCGCACACUCUUACAUCGCAAUUUCACAAAAAAACUAUUUGUAUUAUUGUAAGGACACACUGAAAUCUGACACCUGUAUUAUAACCAUGGACUUCGCCGAAAAUUACUCGUUUAUAAUACAAAGAUCAGUCCAAGCAUUUUAUUAUAAUAAUUUGCAAGCAACAGUCCAUCCCUUUAGUGUAUAUUAUAAGGAUCCACGCGGAGAUGAUAAGGAACAAAUACAGCAAAAGAGUUUUUGUGUGAUAAGUGACACGAAAGAUCACUUUGCAUAUACAAUCCAUGCUUUCCAAAACAAAUUGCUAGAAAUUCUUAAAAAUGAGUUUCCAUGGAUUAAGAAUGUUAUUUAUUUCUCUGAUGGAGCACCAAGCCAGUAUAAAAAUAAGUAAGAUAUUCGGAAAUUUUUGAAAAUUUUUUAGAAAAAAUUAUGUGCCCCUGCGUUAUAUACAAUUUUUGAUGACCAAGCAAUUCAUCCUGUUAUUAUUGAUGUGAUUUCAAUUUUUUCCAAUUAUUGAUUCAGGAACAACUUGAUCAACGUCUGCUAUCACAAAUCGGAUUUUGACAUGAAAGUUCUCUCUUACAAUUUUUUCGCUGCAAGCCAUGGGAAAAGCGUAUGUGAUGGUAUUGGAGCAGUUGUUAAAAGAACAACAAUGAGACAUUGCAUUAGAUCACCUCCGGAGACACAAAUAACCAAUCCGCUAGAAAUGUACGAGUACGUUUCUGAGACAAUAACGAACAUAAGAGCCAUUUGGGUCCCUGAUACUGAUGUGCAACGAAGUCGGAGACUUUUAAAAAACGAUUUGACAGCGUUUCAACAAUCAAGGACACAAGAUUGCAUCAUUGUUAC